UAUUGUUUCGAUAUCGUAUCGCAACUCGUGAUAUCGAUAUAAAUUGACCGAUAUGAUGAACAACGAUGUUGAUAUAUUGAAUAUCCUAUCGGUAUCGCGCAUUCCUACUUGUAAGUAUGCACAAUGAAAUGGUUGAGAGGGAAAAUCGGUAUGCUCCUAUGGGCCCUGUCUCACGAUCAAUAUGGAUCGCGAUCCAGUAUCGUGAUCCAUAUUGAUGCAUGAUGCUCCACUCUCUGCUAUGCUACACCUUCAAUAUUUAUCGCGUCAUUAUUUUCAAACUUUUGAACUGUGCAAGUCGUUUUUAAAUAAGAAAAAUGCAAGAAAAUUCAAAAAGAGCGUGUUUAGCCAUAUUACUGGCAUUUUCAUUAAAAAAAAAGAAACAAAGAUGAAGUAUGGGAGUCGAAGAUGGUACCUGGAGCGGCAUAGGUACACUCAUUUGAGAUUAUUGGAUUCGAUUCGACUUUGCAAGGAAUUAAGCGACUACGAAAAUUACUUUCGGAUCUCCACUGAAAGUUUCGACCAUAUUCUUGAAUUAAUCAGCCCAUAUAUAACUAAGCAAGAUACAGUUAUGAGAGCUGCCAUUUCGCCAACAGAAAAACUGGCGGUGACUUUGCAUUAUUUAGCAACAGGAAGGGAUGUACCCAAAUCUAAUGAUAUUUGUUCACAACUUAUUGUGAUUAUUUUACAGCUACUUUAAGCAGGUGCGGUAUACAGCGAUUAUGUCGCGGCAAGCAAUAAGCGAAGCGAUCAUGGAUACAUGUGAAGCUUUGAUAUACGCUCUUCGAAACUGCAUUAAAAUGACUAGUACAGCAGAAGAGUGGAGUAGUGUUUCUGAUGAAUUUCGUGUAUUACAUAAUUUUUAUAACUGCAUCGGCGCAGUUAACGGGAAACACGUAAAAAUAAAGCGUCCAAAUGGUUCGGGAGCGCUUUAUUAUAACUAUAAAGGAACAUACAGUAUCGUUCUUAUGGCUACUGCGAACGUUAAAAAGGAAUUUGUCAUGGUUGAUAUUGGAUGCAAUGGACGCGUGUCUGAUGGUGGUGUCUUGUUUUACACUAAAUUCUGGGAGCGUUUGCAACAAAAUCGUUUAAAUAUACCGGAAUGGACACCAUUGCCAAACACCUCGAUAUCAUUCCCAUAUGUUUUUAUAGGAGACGAAGCUUUCGAGCUAGGCCCUAACUUUAUGAAGCCUUAUCCUCAAAAAAGAGUAUCACAAGAAGAGCAAUUGUUUAAUAAACGGUUAUCGAAGGCUAGAUGUGUCAUUGAGUGUGUGUUUGGUAUCCUCGCCAAUAAAUUUGGAGUUUUCCAGAAAGCCAUAAGUCUCAGCCCGCAGAAAGCCGCAAAAGUGACAGCAGCUUGUUUUUAUCUGCACAAUUAUUUAAUGAGAAAAGAUUCUAAUUAUCAGGCACCAAAUUCCAAUGAGUAUAAUUUUCAAUUAACCACCGUACAAAGCAGUUCGGCGCGAAAUUCAACAAGAUGUGCCAAAACUAUAAGAGACAAAUUUUGCAAAUAUUACAAUGACGAAUAUAGAUGCUAACUUUUGCCACUCAAUUUUUAUCACUUAUGUAUAUGAAAAAAAAGAAUAAUAAAAGUUUUCACUUAAAACAACAGACAAUCUACAUACUACUUUCUUUUCUUUCCACCUUUAUAGCUAGGUAUUCACUAGAGUAUGAGUAGAAUUCAAGGAAAUCUUUAAAACAAAUU